AUGCCCGAGGAAAACACUUUUAUUUCUCGUGGUGUGCAACGUAUGGAAUGGGUCAAGGCUUCUAUGGAUAACUCCAAAAGUGGUAAAAGACUGCGCAUUUACUUCUUUGUCAUUUUGUUUAUCAUUGCAUAUGUCUAUACCCUUGAUGAGUAUUCGACGUCGAACUACUCCCCAACUGCUACAUCUGCCUUCAGCAGUCAUUCUCUGUUGUCCACGAUUAGUAUUGCUAACUCCAUCGUCAGUGCUGUGACAAAGAUUUGGAUUGCAAAGAUUGCGGAUAUCACUUCAAGGCCAUGGACCUACGGCAUCGUUCUGGUGUUUUACACUGUGGGUACUAUAAUGGAAGCUGCAUCUCCAAACAUCACCACAUACGCCGCAGGAUCCGUCUUUACUAGUGUUGGCGCAACAGGAAUUGUCCUUCUGAACACAAUCAUGUCUGCAGAUAUCACGCCAUUGAAAUACAGAGGUUUGGCUCUUUCCAUGCUUGCAACUCCGUAUAUAGUGAACGCUUGGAUUACAGGGUACAUUGUUGAAGAUAUUCUGGAAAGCAACUGGAGAUGGGGUUAUGGUAUGUUCUGUAUUAUCAUGCCAGUUGUGAUUGGACCAGCGUUGAUUGCUAUGUCAUGGCUGGAGCACAAGGCAAAGAAAACACAAGCAGCCCAAGGACAAGUGACUGAAUCUCCAAAACAAAGUACCUCGGGCAUUCUUCAUCUCCUUUGGAAGUCUUCGCUUGAGUGUGACAUGUUUGGUCUUUUACUGCUUGGUUUUGGAUGGGCUCUUUUGUUAUUGCCAUUUUCCCUUAGAACAACUGCUCAAGAUGGAUGGAGAAACCCAUCCCUGAUUGCAAUGUUUAUAGUUGGAGGUCUUCUCUUGGUUCUGUAUACUCUUUAUGAGUUCUACAUUGCUCCUUAUCCAUCGAUGCCAAAACGUGUUCUUUUCAACAGAGCAUUCAUUAUGGCUUGUGUCAUUGACUUCUUCUAUCAGAUGGGCAGUGCAUUGCGUUUGAUCUACCUCUCAUCUUAUGCACUUGUCUGUUUCGACUGGUCGUAUAAGAAUUGGACUUAUUUCAAUAACUGUAUGACUGUUUGCUUCUGUUUCUUUGGUGUCAUUGCAGGUUUACUUCAAAGAGUGACACAUAGGGCUAAAUAUCUCCAGAUAUUCGGUAUCUCAAUGCAAGUAAUUUCCUGUGGUAUAACAUUCUGGGCUCGCUAUGAUAAUUUAUCCACAGUGGCUAUUGUGUGGACUCAGAUCCUCGCAGGUAUUGGUGUUUUCUCCCAACUGGGAUCAAGGGUGCUCUCACAAGCGUCCGUUGCUCAUCAAGACAUGGCAUUAGUCAUUAGUCUUUGGUCCCAAUGGUCGUACAUUGGGAAUGCCAUUGGUGCUGCUAUUGCAGGUGCCAUUUGGCAGGCGAAAUUACCCCAAGCACUAAGAGCAAGAAUCCCAUCAUCAGUGCCUGAUGAGGAGGUUACAAUGCUGUUCGAGUCUGUUAUUGCAAUCUAUCAACUUCCAUUUGAGUCUGAAGCUAGACAAGGUGCCAGAUUGGCAUACUUUGAUGUUACGUACUAUCUCUUUGCCAUUGCCAUUGGAGUCACGUGUAUUUCAUUUGUCUUUUCAUUGUUCCAGAAGAACUACUACUUGGGCGAUGAUCAGAAUGCGAUGGAGUCCAACGAGGAAACGUGCGAUAGUGAACCAAAGAAUGCAUUCCAGAAACUCCUUCGUUUCCUUGACGAGCCAUUAGAAUAUAGAAAUCACUCUAAGAGACUGGCUAAAGUGAACGAAGACCAAAAAUAA